AUGAGUGCCCAGGCACCUCGGCAGCCCCAGCCCCAGCCCAACCACUCGCACCGUCGCCAUCACGUCCCCAACAACGACGAGUAUGACAGUCGAUAUGACCUUUUUGCCGGCCUAUGGCAGGAGGCUCCCUUCGUUAGACUCCCUUCCGAUGCGCCCCCCGAGCUGAUCCCCUUUGUCCGCAACAUCGAAAACCCUCGUAGGGUCUACGCCAUCCAUCGCGCCAGCCGUCGCCACGACUUCCAGCUCCUUGUCCAACUUUACAUUCAUCAGCUGCGCGACGGGUGCGGCAACGCCACCUGUACUACAUCAACAUGCUUCACCUGCCGGAAACGCCUCGCUGGCAAAGCGCCGAUCCGACGAUACAAUCCUACGAGCGCCAGGACCCUGGCUGUCCAUCUGGCCAGCCAAGAUAAUCCAGAAAGGGGUAUUUGCCCAUCACUCCAUCGGCCGAGGGGCACUACCCCAGCAGUUAACAACUUGGUCUUCUCAAAAUGCCCUACCCCAAAGCCUGGCAGCCAGAAGCCGACCGAUGGCGAUACCCCAAAUACCAUCAGUAGGGCCAGCGACGCCCAGUCCAACAGCCGCUCCCUUUCCGGGUCGCAGGAUGGCGAGAUACGAGAUGAAGAAAUCUAUGGUGCGACUCCACAACUUGACCUCUCUGAAGAGUCGACAAAGAUCUGCAUUUCAGAGCGACCCGUCACUCGAGACUACAGGUCUUUCGCUGCUACGACGUUUGGCACUGUCGCAUUCAAGAUGAUUGAGUGGUUGACUCCAAAUUCGCUGGACGUUCUGUCUCAGAAAGUAGUCGAUCUGAAUUCUUCUGCACAACCAACACGGAAAUCAACUCCCACGCCCUCAGCCGACCCUCAGUCGCUUCCGGCUAAUGACGCACGCGACAACGACGAGGAACCUCACGGGUUGUCAGCCAAUCCCCAUAAUCCGUCGCCCAAUCACGAUACUCAUGCCGCUACAAAGUCUCGUAGUAAGAAAGAGCAGUCUACUCCUAAGCGGAACUCGAAGUCGUCUUUCCGAUCCAAGCCGACAGUCGACAUGACGCGUCGAAAGUCUAUCGAACCUGUCUGCGUUACAGCCGAGGCCGACAAUACCAGCCUUCACCGGCCGACCCGUGUGACCGGAUUCCACCCUGAUAAGCUAUCGCAAAGAACGAAAUCCCCGACUACGAUAACAUUCAAGCCAGCGUUUUUCGAGAAUGUGCCUCUUCCACCCUCCGUCGCAGAUGAGCUCACUGUCGCUUCAUCAGACGGCGAGGAGAGUACCAGGGAAGAGAAGUCCACUCCAGCGCGAUCCGCCAGUAAUCAUGAGCACAGACAGAAACCACAGUCAGCCGGCCAAAGAAAAGAAGAGGACCUCGAAGACGCAACCGCCAUAAAUUGCCCCUUGCCGCAAGCUUUAUCACGGCUUAACGUUGACAUCGUCGACUUCAUCUACAGCGUGUAUCUUGAAGAUGGAACGUCAGAAACCGACCCUCAUCUCAUAUCAGAGGCUGAAUGCAAAUCCUCGACAUCCUCGAUGAGCCUUCAGAGUCAAAUGUGUCUACAACGGACGUCUCAGAAAAGGGAUAUGGUGUGCAAAAAAUCAUGGAAGGAUUUCCACGAGCAAAGCCUCUUCAGCGUUCUCAGUGAUCCCAUUUCAUUGAUUGCGUCUUUCUCUGACCCUGAAUAUUUGUUUGAUUCGCAACGCAUGUGGUACUGCAUGGUUCGUCUCAUGCGAAUUUCGCCCAGCCUUGUUCUUCACAGCCUCUGGUUGUCGGCAGCUAGUCUAUUUGUACUUCCAGAAGAUGGCAAUCGGAAAGAAGAGAGCAAAUCACGAGCUUUAUCGCCAUAUCAAGCUGAAUGCGUCAUCACGAUAUGCCUUCACGCGUUAGCUGCAUUCGUUCCGGCCGUGACGGACACCACAACAAUGCUCAAACUCUCUCUUCUUCGCUCCAAAGGCAUCGCGUUCGCUGCUGCUGCAGAAGACCAAUGCGCAUCUGAUCAUUGCUUGCAAUAUGACGAUGUCUUUUCGAACAGUCUUGCCUUACGGUUAGCGCGUCGCAUUUUUCUCGCCUUCACCAUUCGCCGGAAGCAUGGCGAGUUUGCAAUGGGCCUUUUAUUGAGCCAACUUGAUGCAGGAAAUCACGGCCGAAAGAGCGCCUUGCGUGACGCAAGAGCCCCGGCUUUACUGCUUGACUGGGCUCGUGCCGUGUUGCUGCACGAAUGGGAUGGCAAUGCUCACUUCUGCAAGGAUAGCGCCUUUUAUGGCGCUCUGUUAUUCAUCGAAGCUUCCUAUCUAGACCAAGAAAACAUUCUUCUUACCGGAGGGUCUGCAUUCCAAGUGCAAUACUUCUCCAAAUGCCUGGAUAUUAUGCGUGUGCCGGUACAAUGGGUGACCACAGACUCAACAGACGACGUGGGCAACAUUCUCGAUCAUCCUUUCCUGUUCAACAGCAAAGACCUCGUCACAUACUUUCGAUCCAUUAACUUUUCGUCUAUGAGUCGCUCAUUCGAGGAGGCUAGUUCUCUGAAACGGCGCAUGAGCGCGAUUGUUGAUCCUGGCAGCCUUAUAACAAAUCCGCACCAUAAAGUUGUAUUAAAGGACAUGCUCCGGACAGCAGCUUCAAGGUACCUAGUUCUGGAUAUUGGCCGAGCAACUGUUCUCCGCGAUGCAUUUGAUCAGCUAUGGAGACGUCAGAGGCGAGAGCUACUCCGUCCUCUCAAAAUUCACCUCGGCGAGGAUACUGGCGAGCAAGGCUUUGACUCUGGUGGGGUGCAGCAGGAAUUCUUCCGCCUUGCUAUCGCAGAGUGCCUGGAUCCCGUAUACGGAGCUUUUACGGUGGAUGACAGGAGUCACAUGGCAUGGUUCAAGCCUCAGUCUACUGUCGAGGACUGGAAGUUUGAAUUGAUGGGCGUGCUGCUGUCGCUUGCCGUGUACAACGGUGUGACACUGCCUGUAAACUUUCCCACAGCAUUUUAUCGAAGGUUGCUUAAGGAGCCAGUGGAUGAAAUCAAGCACAUUGAGGACGGGUGGCCGGCACUCGCAAGCGGCCUCACUCAACUGUUGGAGUGGGAUGAGUCCAAAGGACUAAUCAUGGAUAUCUUUGCGAGAACCUAUGAAUUCACCAUGCCGGGAAUAGGCAAAGAACUUACCAUACACAUGCUCGAUGACAAGCAGAAGGAGGAGCCCGGCUCCCCCAUCAGCAUCGAUGCAGAUGUGCCCGAAGCGGAGUACGUCACGGUCGAAAAUCGGGACGAUUACGUCAAAGACUACAUUUCCUACCUCACCGACGUUUCUGUGCGCCCGCAGCUUGAGAGCUUUCGCCGAGGCUUCUUGGCCUGUUUGUCGGAGAAGGCGCUGACGCUGUUGACGCCGGAGCUCCUGCAGUCCAUUGUGGAGGGCGAGCGGAACAUUGACAUCGCAGGCUUGCGGCGAUGCACACGCUACGUUGGCUGGGACGCGUCACACCAGACCAUACGCGACUUUUGGUCCAUUGUUAAACGCUACGACAACCAGAUGAAGCGCAAGCUGCUCCAAUUCGUCACAGCCUCGGAUCGGGUCCCGGUCAGCGGUAUCGAGAAUAUUCAGUUCACCAUCCAGAAGAACGGCGAAAGUGCCAAAGACGGCCGCCUGCCAACAGCAUAUACCUGCUACGGCAAUCUCCUGCUCCCCGAGUUUCAAGACAAGGAGGUGUUGCGCGAGCGGCUCGCCAUGGCACUAGAGAAUGCGCAGGGCUUUGGCUUCGCGUAG